UUAAAAAAGGCAGAAAAAAAUUGCAAAAGAAACAGAAACAUGGAUAAAGCUGAAGUGGGUCAGCUGGCUGUUAUAUAAAGACGUUCAUGUAUCACGAAAUGCAUGAGGAAGGGAGGGGGGGAUUCAUUGAGUAGUUUGGGUUGUUUCGGGGUAGUUCAACAAGUUGUUUUUUGUAUUUUGUUUUGUUGGUUGGUGUGUAUGUAUGUGGAUGCAAUCUGAAACAACACAGAGCCCUGCAAGGACAAUUUUUACAGCUGUAAGAGAUAUAAGAAGGGCCCAAGGGAAGAAGAAAGAAGUAAUGGCUGACAUGGAGGUCCACAACAAAUUGUGUAUCAGAGAAUUUGAUACAGAGAAAGAUGUUGAACGAGUAGAGGAGCUGGAAAUGAGGUGUGAAGUAGGGUCGAGUACAAGUGUUUCUCUCUAUACAGAUCUCAUGGGCGACCCCAUCUGUAGGAUCCGCCAUUCUCCAGCUUAUACAAUGCUGGUUGCAGAAUAUGGGCCGGAUAGAGAAAUGGUGGGGAUUAUCAGGGGCUCCAUUAAAACAGUUGUGUGUGGGAUCAAUAAUCAGGAGCUUCAACAGAUUCCAUUGUACACCAAGGCGGCUUAUAUUCUUGGCCUGAGAGUCUCGCCAACCCACAGGCGUAAAGGAAUUGGGCUGCGGUUGGUACAAGAGAUAGAAAAGUGGUUCAAGGCAAAUGGGGCAGAGUACGCUUACAUGGCUACUGAGAAGGACAACAAUGCAUGCAUCAAGCUUUUUGUGGAGAAAUGCAGCUUUACCAAAUUCAGAACCCCAGCUAUGUUGGUCCACCCUGUACAAUCCCACUCUAAGCACAUAUCUUCCUCAGUAAAGAUCCUCAAACUGGGUAUGAAAGAAGCAGAGGCUCUAUACAGAAGAUGCAUGGGAACUUCUGAGUUUUUCCCACAGGACAUAGACACCAUACUGCAAAACAAGCUAAGUUUAGGGACAUGGGUGGCCUUUCCCAGAACUGAAGAGUGGCCUAGGGCAACUUCUUGGGCUGUGCUAAGCGUGUGGAGCAGCAAUGAUUUGUUCAAAAUGCAAGUAAAAGGAGUGUGUAAGACAAAGCGUAUGUAUGCUGCAGCUACUCGGUUGCUUGACAAGGCCUUCCCUUGGUUGAAUGUCCCAUCCAUUCCAGAUGUUUUCAGGCCCUUUGGAAUCCAUUUCCUUUAUGGGUUGCACGGAGAGGGGCCCAAGUGUGGAAAACUUAUGAGCUGUCUAUGGUGGUUUACACACAAUUUGGCUAGGGAAAAGAAGGGGUGCAGAUUCCUUGCCACUGAAGUGGGUGCUCGUGAUCCCCUUAUGUCUUGGAUUCCUUACAGAGAUUUGUUUUCUUGUCCAGAGGAUCUCUGGUGCAUUAAGAAACUCAGUUCUUCUGGCCAAGAGGAUUGGAGCAUGUCUGCACCGGGUCUUAGACUGUUUGUUGACCCGAGAGAGUUCUGAGCUACAGUGAAAGGAAGGGCUAUGGAGCACCAUGAGACAAAGAGAAUAGAUUUUGUUAUUUGUAUUCCUUAUGUAAAUAGUGAGGGCCAUGCUUAUGCUUCCCUUACAAGUAGUGAUAUUCCACAAUAUCCUUUCUGUUUUCUUGUGGGCUAUGUUUAUAGACUCAGCUAGAGCAACUGUAGAGGAAAAGUAAUUUGUUCUAGUACAAGCUAAAUGGUAUUAGCUCAAGCAGUUGGUUUAAGUGGUAGAUGCUGUGUCUAUAUCAUUUUUGUUCAUCGUAUCUUAAAAUCCAACAAAAUCAAUGUAAAGUAGUUUAUAUAUAUAUCAAUGUGAAAUUUAGUUUA